AUGUUCAAUUCCUAUCGGGUUUCUUCCAUUUCUAUCAAUAAUAAUAAUAAUGAUGCAGAUGUAGAUGAUGAUGAUAGAAACCAGUUUACAAUCAAUGAAUCAUCAUUAUUGAAUAAUAAUAAUCUAAAACUAAACGAUCAACAAGUUUUAUAUAAUAAUCAUAUAUCAACAUCUAAAUCAUUUCCCGUUAUUCAAAAUGAUUAUGUUCAUUCUUUUAACGAUACAAUCGAUUGUUCAUCAUCAUUUAAUCCUUCCACCACUACUUCAAUAAUAACGAAUAUUUAUGAUGGUAAUGAUAGAUUAACAACAAAAUCAUCAUCGACAACAACAAUACCGUUAAUCAAUCUAACAAACGAAUCAUUUAUACAAUUAUUUUUUCCAAAUUUUGCUCAACAAAUAUCAACAACAAUAAUGAGUGGUUUGAAUUGGAUCAAUCAGAUAAAUGCUGCAACAUUGUUUCAAAAUAUUUGGACAUCAUCAGGAUUUUUACGUCGUCGAUUUUCAUCAUCAUCACAGGCAUCAUCACCAAUACCGACAACAACAUCAUCAUCACCGAUAAAUAAUGAACAAUCAAAUAAUAUUCAAGAUGAUUUUACAUAUAGACAAUAUAAAUUUGCAAAAAUUUUAAAUGGUACAAUACGAUUACAAACACUGAAACCAUCUGAAUUGAUUGAAUUAUCAAGUUUUGGUUUAGUUGAAUUAGAUAAUGAUAUUGAACCGGGUAUUGGACAUGAAUUUCAGCGAUAUGAAAAUGAUAAAGCAACUUGGUGUGAUAGUUGUGGUGAAUUUCUAUUUCCAUCAGUUAUGGAUGAUAAUAAUGUUGGCGGUGGUGGUGGUAUCGAUGAUGAUUCGAAAACAAAACAAUUUAAUAAUAAUAAUAAUAAUAACAGCGACGACCACGAUGACAACGAUGUUGGACAAAAAAAUUCAUCUACAUUGACAACAACAACAAAAGUUUCCAAUACGGCAACAACAACAACAAAAACAUCAGUAUCCAUACAAGCUGAUCAUUUAUUACGUACUUAUUUUCAAUGUACAAAAUGUAAAUAUAUAUGCCAUUGGAAAUGUUUACAUUUGAUUAGAAUUGAUUGUCGACAACAUUCACCACAAUCAACAAUGAUGAUGAUUCCAUCGUCCAGUAAUGAUAAUAGAGCAUCGAAAACAACAACAACAUCGACGUUAAAAUCCGAUGAAAUUGAUAAUAAUAAUAAUAUUGAUGAUGAUGAAAAUAAUUCGGAAAUAUCGAUUGUAACAACAAACAACAGUAUCGAUUUGGAGAAUAAUCAAUCAACAGCAACAUUGUCAACGGAAACUUCAUUUGCCGAUGAUGAUGAUAAUGAUGAAAGUUCAGACAAUACGACAAUGACCACUAGCAACAACAGUAUAACAUCCGUAUUUAUUGAUGAUAAUAUUGAUGAAUCGAAAAAAAUCAAUGGUGAAUCGAAUAAUAAUGUAAAUCAACAAACAGCAGCAGCAGCUAAAUCAUCUUCAAAUUCAUCAUUUAUAAUUGAAUCCUCAUAUUUAAUAACACCAAAAAUCAUAUCGGAUUUACGUGCGAAAAUUCUUAAAUAUAAUGAACGUGUUCGUAGUCGUGGUUCUGGUUUAGGUAUUACAUUGAUUGAUGAACAACGUUGCUUAUUUCGUGGUUUUUUACGUGUACAUAUGAAUUUAACACGGCCAAUAAAUGUUAUUGCCGGUAAACGACCACCAUCAAUUUAUGAUAUUAUUAAUGAUGAAGAAAAUAAUCAAAAUCAACGACGUACAUUGACUAGUUUCUAUAUGCCAAGAGAUACGGUAAAAAAUAUUCAUAUUACAAGUGAUAGUACUAGUCUACAGGUAAUAAAAGCAAUGUUAAAAAAAUUUAAAGUUGUUGAUAAUCCACAAAAAUUUGCCCUUUACUUACGUCGUCGUUUUCCUCAGGAAGAAUUGAACAAGAAUGGUAAUAAUAAUGAUGAUGAUUCAAUAACCGAUGAUACAAAAAAUCAAAAUGAAAUGACAAUCAAUAAAUUUUUAAAAACAGCCGGUCAUGAACAUAGCCUUAAACGAUUACAUGAUCAUGAACGACCAUUAAUAUUACAGCUAGAAUUUGAUAGUUUUGCAUAUUGUUCGGUUGAUAUUGUUUUACAAGAAAAUGAUAAUGCUGAUAUUGCAUGGGAUGCAUUUGAAAUACCAGAAUUAAGAAAUUUUUUAAAAAUAUUAGAACGUGAAGAAUAUGAACAUUUACAACAUGUUCGUGCACAUUAUCAUGAAAUGCAACGUAUUUUAAAAGCAUUAAUCGAUUAUGAAGAAAAUAGAUUAAUAAAAAAUUCUUACCGUAAUAAUAAUAAUAAUAAUAAUAAUAAUAACAACGAUAAUGAUACCGGUAAUCAAUCCGAUAAUAAUAAUAAUACCGGUAAUAUUUUAGCUGUAACAAGUUGAAUAUUUAUUACGAUUUUUGUCCAUCCUGAAUGUUGUAA